GGGUAUUCCGUCACACAGGGAACCUUAGAAAUCCUAUACCCCGACUCUCACCUCUCGGCACAGGACUUUAAUAUUUAUGGACAUGGAGGCAGGCAUUUUUGGCUCGCAAGCUCCUGCUUCUUCUUUUUGGUAUACACACUAGUUUCUAUACUACCGAAAACCCCCCUGAAAGAUCGCAUCUCUCUUCCAUCUAGGAAGAGUUUCUACAUCUACGCCAUUAGCAAUGGGCUCUGUUUGGUGGAUGUCACCACAUUUUUAUACUUCAGCCUCUUUGCGCCACUCAUGUAUGCAGCUUUCCUGAAAGGCUUCUUUGGGUCAGAGCCCAAGAUCCUCUUCUCCUACAAGUCGCAGGUGGACGAGCCGGAAGAUACAGACGUCCACCUCCCGCAUCCCUACGCCGUAGCAAGGAAAGAUGGCGUUGAUUCGGGAUACUACAACACUCAAAUUGACACG